UAUAUAUAUAUAUAUAUAUAUAUAUUAGCUCAAAGAGCCAGCUGCCCAGCGUUUCUUUCUCAAGGGAGCCUGUGUUUGAAUCAAAACAUAGGUUUAUAGGUGUUUGACGGCAUGACAACUACUUGUUUAUAUUCAAAUCCGUGACUUAUUCUUGCAUGAUGUAAUGGUGUUCUAUAGAUUGUGACAUCAUUUUUACUCCUAUCUUUAAAUCUGUAUUCAUUCUAAUUAACAUUAGCUUAUAUAAUCUUGUGUUUCUAUUAUCCUGCAAUGCUGGCUCUGAGGAUCAGUCUUGAUUUGACCUCCCCAGCGCAGCAGCAUGCACAACUUUAGAAUGAAUUGUGUUUGUUUGUUUAUUUAAAUGUUAUGUAUUUAUUGGAGUUAAUUAGUUCGUUCUUUUCUGUUGAGCCGCUCUGGCAUCAUCGUGUUCAGUCUAUUGAUCCAUUUACUUUCUUCUGUAUGUCGCAUCAUCUCAUUUUAGCUGCUCUAAUACUACAAACUUUACAUCAUUUUUGUCAUGUCCUUGACUGGUGAAGUGCUGUUGGCUCAUUCAUUUUUUUAAAUUUCUAAUUAAUAGUAGUGCAGUGUUUCGUGUUAGAUUUCAAAAUCAUUUUUCAAUUUUUCAGUAUUUGGGAAACUACAAAGCGGUGUGCAAUUCUUUUUUUUUUUUUUUUUUUUUUUAAUUUAGUCGUCGCCAAUUAUUUUUACCCCGGUUUUCACCCCAAUUUAGCAUGCCCAAUUAUUAUCUGUAUCCCCGGCUCACCGCUCGCAACCCCCCAGCCGACUCGGGGCGUCCUCCGAAACGUGCUCCUGCCAAGCCGUCAUUUUUCGCACUGCAGAUCCACAGCAAUGCCACCAGACCUAUAGUGCCGGAGGACAACACAGAUCUGGCGGCUCCGCUGCAGAGCCACAGGCGCCCUAUCGGCCACAGGGGUAGCGGUGUGCAAUUCAAUAUGUUAACGUGACAUCAUUCAGCAGGUUUCAUGAAGCAAAAUGAGUUCAUUCUGCAGUUUGAUCAUAAACAUCCCUAGAGGUAAUCAACAAUUUAUUAAGAUAACUUGAGGUUUUGCCAAGGAAUAUACAGUUUUGUAGUUUUCCAUAUACUAUUAAAAAAAGCUGACAAACAUGGAAUGUGUCAUUUCAAUAUACUGUACCACUCCCGGUAGACUUCUGCAAUAUCAUUUUGUAGUUUUUCAUUGAUGACAUGAUGUUAAAUAAAAGAUCUAAAUUAUGUUCAUAUAUAGUUUUUUUUUUUUAAUGAUAUCUCAAUCCUAAUAUUCUAUAAUGGAAAACAUUUGAAUAUAAAUCCCAGUGAUUAAGAGAGUUAUCAGGCUGGUUAUAACCUUCAAUGCACAGUCAGAGCUUGCUGUUCAGUUCCUAGGGACUGUGGUCCGGCCCUCGCAUUACACUAUUGAAUGCAGAUCGUUGGUGAAUAUUAUUAUUUAUUUAUUUAUUUAUUUAUUUAUUUAUUUAUUUAUUACAAUAUACCUUCUCGUUUCUAUUUUAAUAUUGCACAUGCAUUUAUCAAUACCUCCCAGCCCCGCUAUUUCAAAAAUGUAUUUCAUUUUAAUAGUUUUUAAAAAAAAAUAGUUCUUUCUUUCUUUCUUUCUUUCUUUCUUUCUUUUUCUUUCUUUCUUACAUAUCCUCUUCCGUCACGCUGGCUGAAUUACGUGUUUUGAAAUUUGAAAACCGUUUGUGUGAAUUACAUGGAGUUCGAGAAGCUGACCUGCCAACAUUUUUGAAAAAAAAAAAGCAUCUAGUCCUUAUAAAAUAGAUACACAGAUAGGAAACAUGAUUUCACAUUUUAUUAUUGAUUUUAUUAUUACUGAUCCCGAUUCACCAAACUUUAAAACCUGUUUUAAAACGUUCUCUCUGCUUAAAAAGUUCCUGAGAACACUGCUGAAAAGGCGAUUCAGUUAUAUCUAGAAAACAGUCCUUAGCAUUAGCAAGAUCUUCCUCUAGAACAGUCCUUACUCUGUGAGCAAUACUCCAGUUUUACUCUGAAUAAAUAAAUAAAUCAGCAAAUAUAAUAAACCAUGAGGCUUUUUUUUUGAGAGAGACACAGAGACAGUAUUUUUGUUGAGAGAGACACAGAGACAGUAUUUUUGUUGAGAGAGACACGGAUACAGUAUUUUUGUUGAGAGAGACACAGAUACAGUAUUUUUGUUUACGAUUGUAAGUCGCCCUGGACAAGGGCGUCUGCUAAGAAAUAAAUAUUAAAUAAUAACAUAAACCAGCUCUAUUCACUGUGACAAAGCAGGGAGGGGAAUAAGACUCCAGUUGCACAGCAGUGUCACCCAGUCCAGGUUUCACUACCAGCUUCAUCAGCCCCGGUGUGUCUUAUAAUGUCUGUAUUUAGAAAGGUAUGCAGUGUUUAUAAAAGGUUUCAGAAUGUCCCUGAGGACACAGGAGUGUUAAAACCACUCCUGAAGGCUGAAAUCAGACUGUGUUUUUGAAUUUGUUUUAUAUUUUAAAUGCUCUCUCCGCUGCAGCUGUGUGGAGUGAUGCAAAGAGAACGCACCCUGCAUCAUUGAUGACUAGGCGUCUGGAAUGAGGGGAAAAGGGGUGAUGGCGGAGGUGCACGUCAUUGGGCAGAUCGUGGGAGCCAGCGGGUUUCCUCAGCACAGUCUCUUCUGCAAGUGGGGAGUCCACACAGGGGGCGCGUGGAAGCUGCUGUCGGGGCUGAGGGAGGGGCAGACCCAGGUAGAUAACCCCCAGAACGAGGAGAUGGCCGCCUGGUCUCACCCCAUCGACAUCCACUUCGCUACCAAGGGACUGCAAGGCUGGCCCAAGCUUCACCUGCAGGUUUGGCACCAGGACUCGUUUGGUCGCUGUGAGCUCUACGGGUACGGCUUCUGCCACGUGCCGUCCAGCCCGGGGCUCCACGAGCUGCAGUGCGUCACGUGGCGGCCCGUGGGCUCGUGGCAGGACCAGCUCUCCCAGCUCUUCAUCGGGGGGGGGCUCCAGCUCAAGAACAGCGACCUGAUCUACAGCGGGGCCGACCGCUACCGACUGCACACCUCCGCCAUGGGCACAGUGCAUCUGCAGCUCGGGGUCAUUCUCAGGCACUUUGACAGGUACGGAGUGGAGUGCUGAGAGAGCAGGGAGGGGAAUCGGACUCCUACUGCACUGUCAUCCAGUCCAGGUUUUACUACCAGCUCGAUCAGCCACAGUGUUUCUACAGCUCUGGCCAAAAGUUUUGCAUCGCCCUGUAGACUCAUUUUGCUUCAUGAAGUCGAAUGAAACCUGCUGAAUGAUGUCGCGUUAACAUAUUGAAUUGCACACCGCUUUGUAGUUUUCCAGAUACUUGACGAAAAACUGACAGAAAUUGAAACAUUUUGAAAUCGAACAUGAAAUACUGUACUGCUAGUAUGUCUUCCGGUAGACUUUUGCAAAAUCAUUUAGUAGUUUCUUUAAUUACAUGAUGUUAAAUAAGAGAUCUAAAUUAUGUUCAUACAGUUUGUUUUUUUAAAUGAUGUCUCAAACCUAAAAUUUUGAUGCUAAAUCUUUGCCCAUAGCUGUAAGUAACAAGCUCAGGUGUGUGUUAUUAAACUCUUAGCAAAACCAGGAGUGGAUCACACUGCUCUGCAACAGGAGUCUUAUUUCCAUCCUUGUAGAGAGACGGAGACACGCAUAGACCAGCCCCAUUCACUGUGAUAGAGCAGGUAUGGAAAUAAGACUCCUAUUGCACAGCAGCUUCACCCAUUCCAGGUUUUAACACAAGCUUGAUUAGCCACAGUGUGUGUAGGUAACAUCAUUAUUAUAGUUAUUUUUAUUGAUUGUGAUUUUAUAUAUAUAUAUAUAUAUAUAUAUAUAUAUAUAUAUAUAUAUAUAUAUAUAUAUAUAUAAUCAACAGAAUAGUACAUGAAAAGAAUUACCCAGUUUUGUGACGUGUUGUUUGGAUUCUGCUGUAGUUGCACCACAGAACCAGCAGAGGGCAGUCUGAGCCCAGCUUUGUUUUCACUGAUGUCACAGGUACUGGGGUCUGUUCAUUUCAUCCAAACGGUGGCAAGUCUCUUAACAGUGUCUGUGUGUGUGAGAGAGACUCUUCAGUGUGUCUGUGAAAGUAAUUUAGGCACAGGAUCUCAGAUGCAAUUCAGAAGCCGGUUACAAGCCCUGUCCCCGUUGAAACCUGUUAUCAGCAGCUAGGGUUAUAAUCACACUGGAGUGCAGAUCUGGCACGCACAGCGUCAGCCACAAAGCCUCUGAAACGUUUCAACCACAACAGGAUCUACACAAACAGAUUAAACGCUUUAAUAUCAGGGUUUGUUUAGAUUUGAUGUCUUAUAAUGUGUUUCUAAGUGUCGGGCGUG